AUGCCAGAAACCUCCCGACCGUCGACGACCGACCCUGAAAGUCCAACCGCCACCACCACAUUACUCCGCCUCUCCCUCCUCCAUUCAAUACCGUUGGCCCCAAAAAGUCCAACAACCACCAUCACUACUUCAGUCAUCGUCCGCCCUAACCAGAUCGUGAAACACUUUAUCACCAUUUUCGUCAUUGUUCACCAAUCGUCGACACGCCACUGCAGCCACCGGUUUUUGAAGAUUUUUGAAUGUGGAUCCAGUGAAUCUAGUAGUGUCUCAGUUUGUGAUGAAACAAGAGACACUUUUUCAUCUCUGAUUACUCAGAAAACUCAUAUUGAUAUGAGCAAUAGCAGGGCUAGAUUUGAGAUAGUCUUCAAUUUCAUUAAGGCAACCUGA